AUGGAUGCCAAUAAUGAAACUGCUCCAUCCGAAUUCAUCCUUCUGGCACUCUCAAACCUUAAUGAACGGUGUUUCCUCUUCUCUGGCUUUAUGCUCAUCACCUAUCUCUUCACACUGAUGGGGAAUUCCUUAAUCAUCAUCCUUGUCUCCUUGGAACCAAGCCUUCGAACUCCCAUGUACUUUUUCCUGGGCAACCUGUCCCUUCUGGAUAUCUGCCAGACUACAACCACCAUUCCUCAGAUAAUAGUGCACCUGAUUUCAGGAAGAAAUGUCAUUUCUUAUGAACGCUGCAAGAUGCAACUCUUUUUCUUCAUCUUAUUUGUUGGCGCUGAGAUGCUUCUAUUGGCUGCCAUGGCUUAUGAUCGCUACGUUGCCAUCUGCAACCCUCUCCGCUAUAAUGUGGUCAUGAAUUACAAACUCUGUGCCCAACUGGUGUCAGCUUCUUGGUUCACAAGUUCACUCAAUGCUACCCUUCACACCAUUUUCACAUUCCACCUACCCCUUUGUGGUAUCAAUAAGAUCAACUACUUCUACUGUGACAUCCCUCCUCUUAUAGCUAUAUCCUGUGGGAACAUCUCUGGCAAUAUGACUGCCAUGUUGGCUGCUAGUCCUGUAAUGGGCUUUGGCCCCGGCAUGUGUAUCAUUCUUUCCUACUUUCACAUCAUCUUGAGGAUUCUGAAAAUGCGCUCCUCAGCUGGGAUGAGGAAAGCCUUUUCUACCUGUGCUUCUCAUCUCACUGUUGUCUUACUUUUCUUUGGCAAUGCACUUUUUACAUAUGUCAGGCCCGUCUCUAGCUACUCACUCAGCAAGGAUAGCAUGAUUGCCCUAUUUAACAACAUUCUCUCCCCUUUGUUGAACCCACUCAUCUACACCCUCAGAAACAAGGAUGUGAAGAGGGUCCUGCAAAAGAGAAUGAUGAAGGAAUUCGUGUUCUGA